CUAGUCUCGACUAGAGGCGUACACGUCAAUUGGCAUCUCGACGGGCGGCGUAUCGCCCACUAGGGCCAAGGCUGACGCGGAGACGGAGCGUAAGCUGGAGGCCAAAUCUGGCGAACAUGAGUGGCGCGUGCGCGGGCGAUCUCGCCUCCUUUAACGAGAGCACCAAGCUCCAAUUUCUCCAGUACCUCAGCGAGCACCCAAGCAACCGCCGGGUAUCAUCCGGAGAACGUGACACAAUUGUCGAAUGGUUGACGACUGCCCGGCCGCAGCUCUCCUCCCAACGUGAAUUUAGUCGCCGAAAUUAUGUCCGCAAGGCCUUUCGGUGGACGCCAGCAACGCAAAGCUUGACGGCGGUGCCGAAGAAAGGCGAGCCACGAGAACGGGCUGUGGUAACGGAGGACCAAAUCCCAAGCGUCGUCGAAGCCACACAUGAGCACAACGGUCACGCAGGGUGGGAUGCGACCUGGGACAACAUCCGCAGUUCCUACUACGGCAUCCUGCGGUCGGACGUGAUUUUUCUCCUUAAGCGCUGCCAGAUAUGCGCCGGCAACCCUUCCAAGCGUCCGAAGGGAUCGGCGACGAUGAAGACGGGCUCCACGGCUUCCAGUCCCGACCUCUUCGAUUUCGUCGACUUCGAGAAGUGGGAGCAUCACGAACUCAGUCCCACCACCCCUACCACGUCCACGUGAUUUCUCCCUGAUUCCUGCAGACAAGAUCAGCCUGGCGAUGGCAUCCCAAAGAUGAUUAUACGUACAGUGGUUGACCCCAUCGCCUACUAGACCAGGCACUUCAUCGAGGGACCGCGGGAUGGAGGGGCGGGAUCAGAGCAGAGAAACGAAAGAAGAAAAAAAGAAAAGGAAAGGAAAAAGAGAAAGAACCGCUUGCCUUCCGUCGUCGUAUGGGGAAUAGCCUGAAG